UCUAGAGAUCUAUUGACUAAUUGUCUGAGAAUGAAAUUCUAGCGUUUCCUUACGAUCUCUUCUGGAGAAAUCUCAGGGAGGAGGUGAAUUGAUUUUGAACCUCUUUCUCUGGUUCUUUUCCUUCUAGGGUUUUCAAUUUCUUCCACAAAUUGCUCUUGAAGCUCAGGUUUUCGAUCAAUUAAUCUAUUUAUUUUUCUCUCUUUACGCUUAAAAUCAUCUGGAGAAGUUCCAAUGGCUUCCAGGUUUUGCUUACGAUUCAGAUCUCGUCUUCAAAGCACUCUUUCGCAAUUCUCCGCCCAUCGCGCCUCCCCCUUCAUCGCCGUUCCUGAAUCUCUACUGUCAAUUACUUCUCCAUCUAAUCUUUCUGUCAUUCCCGUCGAAUUUUCCUUCUCAAGUGCUGGAAUUCGGUAUCUAUCGACCCUCAAUCGGCAACCAGUUCGCAAACGAACCGUUGACAUCGGUGCCAGAGCUCGUCAGCUUCAGAACCGCCGCCUCUGGACUUACGCACUCACCUUCAGUUGCAUAGCCGGGUUUAUUGUAAUCGUCUUGAACAAUUUCCAGGACCAAUUGGUGUUCUAUGUCACACCUACUGAUGCCAUGGAGAAGUACUCUACAAACCCUUCGAAGAACAAGUUCAGGUUAGGUGGGUUGGUUCUGGAAGGGAGCGUGACCCAGCCGGCUUCGUCUCCUGAUAUGGAGUUUGUGGUCACAGACUUGAUCACUGAUAUCUUGGUACGUUACCAGGGUUCACUCCCUGAUUUGUUUAGGGAAGGGCACUCUGUGGUUGUUGAGGGAUUCGUUCGUCCAUUCUCGGGGGAGCCUAAGGAGAAGCUGGCAUCGUCAGCGAGGCGUGUGUCUGCUAAGGCCUUGAGUGGAGAUUGUUAUUUCGCGGCAACUGAGGUUCUCGCGAAGCACGACGAGAAGUAUAUGCCACAGGAGGUUGCCGCGGCGAUAGAGAAAAAUAAAGCCAAAAUUGAGGCCGAGGCCGUGGCCGAGUCUGGGCAAGGAAGAGCCAGAGUAGCUUGAUUCUGGGCAACGGUAUGCCAAUGACUGUUUCUGCAAUAUUUAUCCUUCCUACAUCAAUGGAUGAUCAGAUGGGUUGAUGGUUGAUGGUGACCUAGUAUAGUCUUAGAUGGCAUAUAUAUUUACUGGGGAGGAGAGGCAUGAUUUUCUAUCAAUGAGAGUCUUUUGUUUUCAUUUUUGUUCUUGUAAUGCGGCAUUAUUCUCUCCUCAUUCUUUUUAUUUUGAUUGGACGAAACAAGGAAGAAAAUGUGAGACUAAUUUCUGAUGAAUAAGAAGAUGUUCUCAGGUUGACUUUGCA